AAAUUUCAUUCAGUCAUUCGUGAACCACCGGCCGUCGUAGUCGACUUUGAGGGUCACUACGUUUUGCCGGCGAUUUAUUUGUGCUUAUUGGAUAUUUUUCUCCUCUUAUUGCGUUGCACUACGUUGUUCUGUUAAAGUGAAGUCUUCAGUUGUAUAGGAGUGUAUCUGACUUUCAUCCAUACAUUGAAACUACCCUGAGGUAUGGAGUGGGAAGGGCCUCCCAAGCAAGGCUUGUACGACCCUCAGAACGAGCAUGAAGCGUGUGGUGUUGGCUUUGUGGUCGCUAUAGAUGGAAAGCGCAGUCAUAAAAUCGUGCGCGAUGCGGAGACGCUGGCGAAGCGCAUGGAGCAUCGCGGCGCGUGCGCGUGCGACAACGACACGGGCGACGGCGCCGGCGUGCUCACCGCCAUCCCGCACCAGUUCUACGCGGCGCAGCUGAGAGACUCGCACCAGAUCGACUUGCCGCCAUUCGGCCGCUACGCUUCUGGAAUCUUCUUCCUUGACAAGCUUCAUCACCAAGACAUCGAGAAGAAGUUUGGAGAGUUGGCCGACAACGUUGGCCUCAGGGUCAUAUGUUGGCGCACUGUGCCAACCAACAACGCCUCUAUCGGUCAGGUGGCUCGUAACUCGGAGCCAUUUAUGCGACAAGUAUUUGUUACCGGCGAUAUUGAAGACGAGGUGCAACUCGCCCGCCAGGUGUUCGUUCUGCGCAAGCGCGCGUCCCACGAGCUGGUGGUCCCCGGCGCCAGGUUCUACAUCUGCAGUCUCGCCUUGAAGACCAUCGUCUACAAGGGACUGCUCACAUCUAACCAGUUAUGGGAGUACUUCAAGGAUCUAGGCAAUCCAGCCUUCACGACGUACCUAGCGUUGGUGCACACCAGAUUCUCGACCAACACCUUCCCAAGUUGGGAGAGGGCUCAUCCUUUGAGGGUGCUGGCCCACAAUGGAGAAAUAAACACAUUACGAGGAAAUGUAAACCUGAUGAAGGCUCGCGAGGGAGUCAUGAAGAGCGAGAUAUUUGGAGAUGAUCUUAAGAAACUCUACCCAGUAGUGGAGCCAAACCUCUCCGACUCUGGUUCAGCGGAUUGCGUGCUAGAGUUCCUUCUCCACGCCGGCCAGAGGUCAAUGCCCGAAGCAGUCAUGACCAUGGUGCCUGAGGCAUGGCAGAAUGAUCCUACCAUGCCUAAGGAGAAGCGGGAUUACUACCAGUGGGCGUCGUCGGCUAUGGAGCCGUGGGACGGCCCAGCGCUGAUAUCGUUCACUGAUGGACGGUACAUUGGAGCGGUCCUGGACCGGAACGGGCUGCGUCCGUCGCGGUUCUACGUGACCACCGACAACAUCCUCGUGAUGGCCUCUGAGGUCGGCGUCUACGAUGUGGACCCAGAAAAAGUCAUUCUGAAGAGUCGUCUGAAGCCAGGCCGCAUGUUACUGGUGGACACGGAGGAGCACAAGAUGAUCCAGGACGUGGAGCUCAAGCUCAAGAUAGCGCAGAGCCGCCCGCACUCCGAUUGGCUGAAAGAACAGAUGAUAACUAUGGAAGACAUCCACAAGUCCGUCCCUGAAGCUUCAGCAUCAGUGGCGAAUGGAACAGCCAAUGGAAACGCAGUAACUGGACUGUCGGACAAACGACUCAGUCUCUACGGUUAUACCAUCGAGACUAUCAACAUGCUGCUGCUGCCGAUGAUACAGAACAAGAAGGAAGCGCUAGGCAGCAUGGGCAACGACUCCCCGCUGGCGUGCCUGUCGCAGUUCCAGCCGCUGCCGUACGAGUACUUCAAGCAGCUGUUCGCGCAGGUCACCAACCCGCCUAUUGACCCGUUCAGAGAGAAGAUCGUGAUGUCACUACUCUGCCCCAUUGGUCCUGCGCCGAAUAUUCUGGAGCCUUCUUCAUCAUUCGUGCACCGCCUGUUCUUACCGCAACCGAUACUGUCCCUGCCCGACUUGGAGGCAUUGAAGAAGACCAACCAUCGAGGGUGGAAGACAGUGGUCCUAGACUGCACAUACGAUGUAUCAGCCGGCCCCUGCGGUCUUCCCGGAGCCCUUACAGCCGUGUGCCAACAAGCCGAGGCGGCGGCCAGGGCGGGCUGCCAACUGCUGGUAGUCACUGAUAGAGCUGCUUCUAGUCAACGACUGCCCAUCAGCUCGCUGUUGGCUCUAGGCGCGGUGCACCACCACCUGAUCGAGACGCGGCAGCGCAUGAAGGUGGGCAUCAUCGUGGAGACGGCCGAGGCGCGGGAGGUGCACCACAUGUGUGUCUUGUUGGGAUACGGAGCCGACGCGAUCUGCCCGUACCUCGCAUUCGAGCUCGCCUUCGCUCUUCGCAACGACAACAUCCUCGACCCAACACUGACCGACCAGGACAUCUACAACGCGUACCAGAAGUCCAUAGAGACGGGCGUGGCCAAGGUCAUGGCCAAGAUGGGCAUCAGCACGCUACAGUCGUACAAGAGUGCGCAGAUCUUUGAAGCGGUGGGACUCAAUGAGGAUGUCAUUGAUUUGUGCUUCAAAGGCACGCAGUCGCGUAUUGGCGGUGUGACACUGGAAACACUUUCAAAAGAGGUGUUCGAAAGACACGCUCUGACAUACAGUGAUAUAAGGGAUUCACUGGUUCUUAGGAACCCUGGUUUCUACCACUGGCGAGCUGGAGGCGAGAAGCACAUCAACGACCCGAUGUCCAUCGCCAACCUUCAGGAAGCCGCCACUGGGAAGAGCGCCUCGGCCUACGAUAAAUACAGAGAGAGUGCCCUGGAGUCAGUCCGCGCCUGCACCCUCCGCGGGCAGCUGGAGCUGGUGAAGCUGGACGAGCCGGUGCCCAUAGACGAGGUGGAGCCCGCCACCGAGAUCCUCAAGAGAUUCGCUACUGGUGCCAUGUCGUUCGGUUCGAUAUCUCUGGAGGCGCACACGACGCUCGCCAUCGCUAUGAACCGCAUCGGCGGCAAGUCCAACACUGGAGAGGGAGGAGAGAACGCAGAGCGGUACCUCAAUCAGGAUCCAGAGUUCAACAAGCGCUCAGCCAUCAAGCAGGUAGCCUCAGGUCGGUUCGGCGUGACCGCGUCGUACCUCGCUCAUGCAGAUGAUCUUCAGAUCAAGAUGGCGCAGGGGGCCAAGCCUGGAGAAGGCGGGGAGUUGCCUGGCUACAAAGUAACCGAAGACAUAGCCCGCACGCGCUGUUCAGUCCCGGGCGUGGGUCUGAUCUCGCCCCCUCCCCACCACGACAUCUACUCCAUAGAGGACCUGGCCGAACUGGUCUACGACCUGAAGUGCGCCAACCCGCGCGCGCGCGUGUCCGUCAAGCUGGUGUCUGAAGUUGGCGUGGGGGUGGUGGCCUCUGGGGUAGCCAAGGGCAAAGCGGAGCACAUAGUGAUCUCCGGUCACGACGGCGGCACGGGCGCGUCGUCGUGGACCGGCAUCAAAAGCGCCGGCCUGCCGUGGGAGCUCGGCGUCGCGGAGACGCACCAGGUGCUCGUGCUCAACGACCUGAGGUCCAGAGUGGUGGUGCAAGCAGACGGACAGAUCCGAACAGGUUUUGAUGUGAUGGUGGCUGCGCUUCUAGGAGCUGAUGAGUUUGGCUUCAGUACGGCGCCGCUGAUCGCUUUAGGUUGCACGAUGAUGCGUAAAUGCCACCUCAACACGUGUCCGGUGGGCAUCGCCACGCAGGACCCGGUGCUGCGGAAGAAGUUCGCCGGCAAACCUGAACACGUCAUCAACUAUUUGUUCAUGCUGGCUGAAGAGGUCCGCCAACACAUGGCCGACGUGGGCGUGCGCAAGUUCCAAGACCUGAUCGGCCGCACGGACCUGCUCAAAGUGCGGGAAAACAACGAAAACCCCAAGGCGCGGCUUCUGAACCUCAGUCUCAUACUGAAGAACGCCUUGCAUAUGCGGCCGGGGGUUAAUAUUGUUGGCGGCUCUAAGGCACAGGACUUCCAAAUCGAGAAGCGUCUGGACAACCAGCUGAUCGAGCAGUGCUCCGGCAUCCUGGACGGCACACAGAAGCACGUCGACAUCAACAUGCGGAUCUGCAACGAGGAUAGAGCGUUUACUAGCACGCUGUCGUAUCAUAUUGCUAUGAAAUACGGCGACCAAGGCCUGCCAGACGACACGUCCAUCAACAUUAACCUCACCGGGUCAGCGGGACAGAGCUUCGGAGCCUUCCUGUCCAAGGGAAUCACCGUCACUCUGGAAGGAGACGCUAAUGAUUAUGUCGGCAAGGGUCUGUCGGGAGGCAAGAUCGUGAUCUACCCGCCCAAGGCGUCUCCCUUCGCGUCCCAUCUGAACGUGAUCGUGGGCAACGUGUGCCUGUACGGAGCCACGUCCGGACGGGCUUACUUCAGAGGUAUCGCCUCCGAGCGUUUCUGCGUGCGCAACUCCGGCUGCACGGCCGUAGUGGAGGGCGCCGGCGACCACGGCUGCGAGUACAUGACGGCGGGCACCGUGCUGGUGCUGGGGCUCACCGGCAGGAACUUCGCCGCGGGCAUGAGCGGUGGCAUAGCCUACGUGUACGACAUCGACGGCUCCUUCUCGCUCAAGUGCAACCCGGAGAUGGUGGAGCAGCUGCCGCUCGAGCUGAAAGAAGACCUGGAUGUCGUGCAGACACUGCUAGAAGAGUUCUACGAGUAUACCGGCUCACUCAUCGCUCAAGAACUCCUCAAAACAUGGCCGGAACCGGCUAAGAAAUUCGUGAAAGUGUUCCCCUACGAAUACCAGCGAGCGCUCAAACAGAUGGCUCUUACUCAACAAGCGGCAGUGCCUAAAGUGGAAGCUAACGGCAAAGGAGAGAAUGGUAUAGCUGACAUUGAGGAGGCGGUCCGGGAUGUGGAACUGGACAAGAAGAAUCUAGAGAAGAUUCUGGAUAAGACUCGCGGCUUCAUAAAAUACCCGCGCGAGACGUCAAUGUACCGUCCAGCCGAAAAACGUCUUCGAGACUGGGACGAGAUAUACAACUUUAACCACGUACGUCGCGGUCUACGGGUCCAGGCCGCCCGUUGUAUGGAGUGCGGGGUGCCCUUCUGUCAGAGCAACCACGGGUGCCCGCUCGGCAAUAUCAUACCCAAGUGGAACGAUCUGAUAUUCCACGGCGACUGGAAGCAGGCGCUUAAGCAGCUGCUGCAGACUAAUAAUUUCCCGGAGUUCACGGGUCGCGUGUGCCCGGCGCCGUGCGAGGGCGCGUGCGUGCUCGGCAUCUCGGAGCCGCCCGUCACCAUCAAGAACAUCGAGUGCGCCAUCAUCGACAACGCGUACGAGAGCGGCUGGAUGACGCCCGAGAUUCCCAAAGAGCGCAACGGCAAGAGCGUAGCGGUGGUCGGCUCUGGACCCGCCGGGUUGGCCUGCGCACACCAACUGAAUAAGGCUGGAUACUUCGUGACGGUGUUCGAGCGCAACGACCGUCCGGGCGGCCUGCUGCAGUACGGCAUACCCUCCAUGAAGCUCAGCAAGCAGGUGGUGGCGCGGCGCAUCCGGCUGAUGCAGGACGAGGGCAUCGUGUUCAAGUGCAGCGUCGACGUCGGCAACCACAUCUCCGCUACCGACCUGGCGCAAGAAUACAACGCUCUAGUCCUCUGCCUGGGCGCCACGUGGCCGCGCGACCUACCCCUGAAGGGCCGGCAGCUCAACGGCAUCCACUUCGCGAUGGAGUUCCUGGAGAACUGGCAGAAGAAGCAGAUGGGAGCCCAGACUCACCAGAGGGAGAACCCGGAGUUGAGCGCCAAGGACAAGAAUGUGCUGGUCAUUGGCGGCGGGGAUACUGGAUGCGACUGCAUAGCGACGUCUCUGCGUCAGGGCGCGGCGUCCAUCACCACGUUCGAGAUCCUUCCGCAGCCGAAGCCGGCCCGGGGAGGCGACAACCCGUGGCCGCAGUGGCCCAGGGUGUUCAGGGUCGACUACGGACACGAGGAGGUGAAGGUGAAGUUCGGCAACGACCCGCGCAAGUUCUCCACGCUCACCAAGGAGUUCCUGGACGACGGAAACGGCAACGUAUGCGGCGUAUCAGCCGUUGAAGUAGAGUGGACGCGCGGCGCCGGCGGCCGCUGGGAGAUGAAGGAGCUGCCCGGCACUGAGAAGAUAUACAAGGCAGAGAUGGUUCUACUGGCUAUGGGCUUCCUGGGGCCGGAGAGAUACAUCGCCACGCAACUUGAUCUGCCGCUGGACGCGCGCAGCAACGUGGAGACCAACAAGUCGAACAUCUACAAGACGUCCGUCGAGAACGUGUUCGCCGCUGGAGAUUGUCGCCGUGGCCAGUCUCUAGUGGUGUGGGCCAUAUCGGAGGGUCGCCAGGCGGCGCGCGCCGUCGACGAAUACCUGUCCGGUUUCUCCAACCUGCCCGGCCCGGGAGGCGUCAUCUACGGACACUGAACCCGCUACCCACACACUGGACACCCCCAUACAGUACUAUAGUCUGUUUUUAACGAACGAGUAAUGCCUGAGAUUAUCGAGGCUAGUUGUGAGAGCUAGGAUAGCAAGCUAGUGAUAGAAAACUAGCAAUGGCUUUGUAGACAUAGGCUUCGUGUAUCCCGGACAUAAUGGAUAGUUAGAUAUGUCUGAUGCUAAGUAUAAGAAAUGUAAGUGGGUACUUGUUAGUUAAAAGACAGACUAUAUCAGCGAGUAUAAGGGACGCACGGGAGUUUUACAGCUACUUGAUAGUAUUUUUGUAGUAGAGCUGUUGUUAAAGUUAUUCUUGUAAGGUGCGACGGAUCGGUAACUUUGUAACGAUAACUUGACAUCGUGGUCCUAAUAGUUGCCGCAAACGUUGCUCCAAUAUUUAUACUAGUAUAUUCCGUAGAAGAAUGACUGUGCGUCCUUUUUGAGAGAGCGGCGGCGGAUGGUGCAUUGAGUAACUUGUAAUUUCGAGGCUGAUUAGGAAUGUAAGGAGAAGACAAUAAUGCUGCGUAGUUGGCUCGGCGACGGAAUUACACGUUAGAACACAGAGGUGCGUUUAGUUUACAAAUAUAUUAUUGAUGUUAUACUUGGCUUGAAAUUUAAGACAUUUUUAGGCCACACGACUCCAAAUUGGCUUAUAUUUUUAUCAUAUUUAUACACGGAAUCUCAUUACCUCCGUUAUUUAUAUAUUCAAGUAGGCCUCUUGCAGGCCCUUAACACAAAUGCAUAUAAAGUUAUAAAUGUUACGAUGGAGUUUUAACGUUAAAUACGUAAUUGUAAUGAUAUCGUCCAAGGAUUAUCUAUGUUAAUGGAUUAUGUAAUCAAAUAUGCUUAUAACUAUGGGCCAUAAUGUUACCUGAAAUGGAUGUAUUCGUUAAAAGUAACCUUUAUUGUUGAGUGUUAAAAGUCGUAUUUACAAUAUUCGCUGUUUUUACUUUCUUGCUUUGAAAUCACAUUCCGUAAAUAGGAGAGCAGUGAUGUAAUUACUUAUUAUAAUUAUCUUUAGUAACAAAAUACGGUUUUUGAUACAGUAUACGCUACAUUACAUGUGUAACCAAAGUUGUUUUAUUCAAUUUUGUGAUCUCGUAAAAGUGUCAUAUAUGAUAUUACAAUGAUUUGUAAAGUUAUUGUAUUUAAUUUGUUUUUAAUAUUAUUGAAAUUGUUAAGACAUUUAUUUAUCCGUUACAAACAUGUUUAGUCAGUAUUCAAUAACAUUCAAAAUCAUGCUAUUCGUAUUGCUUAUUAAUAUUAUUAUGAACAGAUAAAGGAAUCUUGUGUCGUAUGAAGUUCCUAAGUGAUGGUAAAAAGUUGCGUCAUUUUAUUAUAUUAAGUAUACGCUUUAUUAGUAUCUUAUCUGCUUUGUUGGUGAUUAAUUUACAAUAAAGAAAAUCUAAAUAUUAUAUCCCUCACUAUUAUUCCUGUCUUGUAUCUAGUGAUUUAGAUAAUCUUAGUUUAUUUAAUUUAGUUAAGUUUUACAUUUUUAUUGCCAAAUGUUGUGUCAAUUAUACAAAUAUCGGAAAUCGUUUUAUAGGACUAUCUUCAAGGACCUAAGAUGUUGUUUAAUUACUUACUUAAAUAAAAAAUAUAAAUAUGAAAUAGUCAAAGAAUCAUCGAACAUUAGCCAAAAUUUUAGAAAUUAAAGACAAAUUUGAGAUUAAUUGUUAUAUUUCACUGUUUCUAAAUUAUAUCAUUGACAAUAACUGAAUGUCUAUUUAUAGCUGUACUCUGUAUCAAUAUUUAUAGUAUUUUAAAAUAAAUAUGUUCAGCACAA